UCGAUUAUUGAGAACAGACCCGAUCCAAAUAAAGUUUCGGGCGGAGGAUCCGGAUCCAAAGAUGCAUACUGUUAGCUGCCACUGCCGGUAACCGGAGUAUGAUUCCAAGCUUCUAUUCUCCGAUAAACUGAUUCGAUCAUUUGCUUUGCCAUGAAACUAGACCCACACCUCUUCUAGUCCAGGGUUUAUUCUCUCUCUCAAUACCAGCAUGCCUUAUCAACAUCGCACAUCGCCGUCCCCGCGCAGAUGGAGGGUCCUCAUUCUCGCCUCCUGCCUCCUGAUCGGUAUAUCCGGGUUCGUAUUUGGCAUCGCGGCGAUCCUCAGCUCGAGCAGCGUGUCGUACAGAUGCUCUAACGCCGAACCAGAGUCUGUCCGAGUGGUUUGGGAGAGAGGCGGUGGCGGUAGGAUUGACAACGGGAUUGGUGAUGGGGAUCCGAAGAGGCAGGUGAUGGGGUUCGUUGGCAUUCAGACUGGGUUCGGAUCAGUGGGUCGCAGGCGGUCCUUGCUCCAGACUUGGAUGCCGUCCGAUCGUCAGGGGCUUAAGCGCUUAGAAGAAGCAACUGGUUUGGCUUUCAGGUUUAUCAUUGGUAGAACCAAUGAUAAAUGGAAGAUGUUAGCGCUUAAGAAGGAGGUAGAAGAAUAUGAUGAUUUCGUGCUAUUGGAUGUUGAAGAGGAGUAUAGUAAGCUUCCAUACAAAACGUUAGCUUUCUUUAAAGCUGCAUAUGCACUUUUUGAUUCUGAGUUUUAUGUUAAAGCGGACGAUGACAUAUAUUUGAGGCCAGAUCGCCUCUCACUUCUCUUGGCAAAAGAACGCACUCAUUCUCAGACGUACAUUGGGUGCAUGAAAAAGGGCCCUGUUUUCACUGACCCUAAACUCAAAUGGUAUGAACCACUAUCCUAUUUGCUUGGUAUGGAGUACUUUCUUCAUGCUUAUGGCCCCAUAUAUGCACUCUCUGCCGAUGUUGUUGCGAGCUUGGUUGCUCUUAGAAACAACAGUUUUAGGAUGUUCAGCAAUGAGGAUGUUACAAUUGGGGCAUGGAUGCUUGCAAUGAAUGUCAACCUCGAGAACAAUAAAGCACUGUGUGAACCAGAGUGUACACAAACAUCUAUUGCCGUCUGGGAUAUUCCCAAGUGUUCAGGGCUCUGUAAUCCGGAAAAGAAACUACUAGAACUUCAUCAAAAGGAAAGCUGCUCAAAGAGCCCAACUCUGGCAUCUGAUGACUAGCACCCGUAAACUGAGGAGGUAGUUUGAAGAAUUGCUUGCUCCUGCAAGGUCUUGCUGCGGUACUGGAUGUUGUUCUUUCCACAUUUUUAUUUAUUUAUUUAUCUUUGGUUUUGUAAUCUAUCCUUGCUAGAUGGUAAAAGAAAAUAGAAUUUUGUACUAUACGGCUUUAGACCUAAUCUUCCGUGAGAGUCAAAGUUAUAGUGUAGACAGGUAGCAUUAGAGAUUCGAUGACCCCUGUAAACUCUCAUUUAUUUAAAUCAAAUAUCAUUCUUUUAAAA